AUGGGCCCAAAGAAAAAGAUAAAACAACCAGCUGCUGUGAUGACCAGCAGUGAUGAAGAUGAUUCACUUAACAUUGGGAAGCAAUUGGCGGCGAUGGGUCGAAGAGACAACGAAUCACGACCGCUUGCAGGAGCAGUUCCGUCGUCGUCAAUUUCAAUUUUGGACUUUUCGCCUCUUCGACUUGAGAAACCGAAAGAAACCAAGGCUAAACGGGGGAAAAAUGUUCCUUCUAAGUCCACUAGGCCACUGCCGAUGGUGGCAGGUUCUUCAGGUGCUAAUGUAACUGAACAACGUUUUCUGCGUAGAAUUAGAUCCGUAUCUAGCGACAAUCCGGGAACUAGCGCUUUGGCCCUAUCUGAUCAUGGAAUAGCGAAUAGAGCACCAGGACGAUCGGUUUCUCAGCGAACAAACCAUAUUAAUUCGAGAUCGCCAAGUUUGGGAUCCAGGCAAAGGAACCAACCAGAUACUAAUGAUGCAUCAGGAAUCGGACAAGGUUUACCAGCAGGAUCUCAGAAUAAACAUGGAAAUAAAGGAGAGUCAUUUCCACAAAGAAGACGCAAAACAACAAAACCGAAGAAAAGGGUGGAUCAAGAAAUUAAAAGGCUGCAAAACUCUUCUUCACUUAUAAUUCCUAAGCUGCCAUUUCAGCGGCUUGUAAGAGAAAUUACCCAGAAGUACUCAAAAGAUAUGAAGUUUACGGUUCAAGCAAUGGCGGCACUUCAAGAAUCCACUGAAUAUGCAAUAGUUCAGUAUUUCCAAACUCUCGUGGUAUUGAUGACUGGUUUUGACCGAGUUACUCUAAUGCCCAAAGACAUGCUCGUGCUGGGAGCUAUAAUGGAAUGCGCGGAUAUUCAUUGGCCGUUUAUUAAAACAACGGAACAAUUAUGA